ACAAAAAACCCUUUUUCCCAAAAGAAGAAAAAAACCCGAAAUCGUGACGGUAGGUCCAUGGGCGGCGCCACCACCAGAAUUCCGAUGAGCCACCGUGUCUUAUCACCAAGUUACAAUUACAGCGCCGGAGAUAACUCCGGUGAUCAACCGGCCGUUCAAUUAUCCGGUUCCAUCUUUGGCUUCCUCGAAGAAGAAGCCACCGUGUUUUCGUUCCCGGAAUCCGACAGGAUCUCUGAUAUCCAACACGAUAUCGAAGAAGAAGACGAGACUGAAACCAAAAACCCCGAAAAAAUCGAAGACAAAAUUAAAUUUUGGGACACCCAACAUCAAAAUUUACAUACAACUUUGUUUAGAACAACAACAUUAGAAUCGAAAAUCAGAAAUAUAACGAAGGAAGUUGUUGCGGAACUCGAGGUGGUCGAGAAUGUUUGUUCUUGCUCGAGACCCGUUUCCAGUGGCUGUCGGAGCUGCCGGAUGACGGAAAUUUGCCGCCGGCUACAGAAUUCCGGUUAUAAUACCGCCAUUUGCAAGUCCAAAUGGAAGAGCUCCUCGGAUAUCCCAUCAGGUUCACAUGCAUUCGUAGACGUGAUCGAUAACUCGAAUAUCAAAAAAGGCGAGGUGAGGGUGAUAAUCGAGUUGGAGUUCCGUGGUCAAUUUGAGAUGAAGAAAGGAAGCGAAGAAUACAACGGUCUCGUAUCGAAACUCCCUGACAUAUUCGUUGGAAAAAUCGAGAGACUGCAAGCCGUGAUUAAAAUACUGAGUAAUGCCGCAAAGCGAUGCAUGAAGGAAAAGAAAAUGCAUUUGGGACCGUGGAGGAAACAACGGUACGUAGAAGCAAAGUGGCUUCGAGUCGUUGAACGAACAACCACGACUCUGAUUAAACCGUUGGCGAUGGGUGAGUAUUCAACGCAUCUGGUUAAGACUCGAGUCAGAGCAUCAAUGUUGACUAUGGAUCUCGAUAAUUUACCGAAGAUGCCCAACUUUUUUGCCCCGGCCGUUGAAGUCCUGUAACAUUUGAUUUUUAUUUGUUCUGUGAAAACUAUUAUAACCGAUUGUAGAUUACUGUGAAAUAUUAACAGCUGUACCAGAUAUUGUCUGUUUUAUCC